AUGUCUGUGAAAAGCGAAGGAUACACUCGGAUUGGUAGCUUGUCACUUGCGAAGCGGGCGCCUCCCGAGUUUCAAGAGGACAGGCGAUCGGUGUACUGGGUUGACAGACUUCCUCCAACGCCACAGAGGGAAGGAAAGACAACAGAAUUUGUGACCUCAUCGCGAAUAGAGGCAUUGUCCCAGCCGAGACGAGCUGCCUUGUACAAGGGAGACAGACCCGGACCAAUAUGGCCUGUCUCCACAUCAGCAUUGAAAGCAUGUUGCCCACCUAGACUCGAACAGCUCGGUCAAGCGAAAAAUCUCCAGUACUAUUUUGACAGAUCUCCGUACAUGAUGGUCACACCUGGUGCUCGCAGUGCAGAACCGUCAUCACGCCUCAAACAAUUGUCACAACCCUUGGCACGGAAACAAGUCCAGGAGCAUAGAGAAGUGGAAUGGGGUCAAACUUUUCCAGUUACAGAAAGUUCCAAAAAGGCUGUAGCUUCAGCCCGAGUAGAACAACUUGCAGAAGCCAAAGGUUAUAAUAAAUAUUUCCGUGACGAGAAACCAGUGCAGUGGGGUGUUACUGAAAGUGCUUUAAACGCAACAGCCAAUGUGCGACUGCAACAACUGGCACGACCUCUCAGUAGAACUAUGAUAAAGGACGAUUAUGAUCCUUAUAAAGUGUCCGCAGCUGCACGUCGAGUUCAUGCCACUCCGAGAAUAGAGGAAUUAUGUGUCCCAAUACCUAGAAAAGUGAGACCAAAAAAGGCCUAA